UACUAUGAAGUUGCGCUGGUUUUUGGCGCCGGUGGCAUUUCUGGAUGGGCUCUAGCUAAAAACUUGCUCCCCUAUCCUACUCCUACAGCCUUUGACCGGGUGAUCGGCUUGACACAUCGCCCACGUACAAUUGUCGAGAGCGACUUACCACAAGACCCGCGUCUCGAACUAUACUCGGGGGUAGAUCUCCGUACAGACCUGGAUACUGUUAAGAGUCAGAUGCAGGAACGAGUUCACAACCUGAAUCAGGUUCCACAUAUCGAAAAUGUCAUGGACAUCAAAAGCAUCAACAAAAAUAUGACCUACAAUGCCGUCCCUUUGACCGAUACACUUUGCAGCCACCUAGAGUUUCUAGUUCUCCAAACUGGCACUGAUAAGACAACCCCCGCGUUCCAUCCAUCUCCCUACGCGGAUGAGAUAUUUGACUACGAACAAGUGGAUUUGAUCAAGGGGGCUUCUAUGGAGAAGUCGUGGAAGUGGUGCGAAAUUCGCCUGGACCAGAUUAUUGGAUUUGUACCCAACGUGACUGGUAUGACAUUUGUUGAGCCCUUGGCACUAUAUCUCUCGCUUUACCGAUUCAUCAACGGGCCGGGCGCAAACAUCGCCUUCCCCGGAACCAGAAACAACUUCACCCAUACCUUCACAGACGCGUCUCAGGACUUGGUUUCCAAAUCUGAGAUCUACCUUUCGGUUCAAGCCCCGGAUAAAGCUAAUAGAGAGGCCCUUAAUAUUGCCGACACCGACGUACCUGGUCCUUGGUCCGUGAAAUGGCCUAUUUUGGCCGAUUGCUUUGAACUGAAGGGGAUCGGCCCCGGAGAAAAAGGUUGGGAAGACCUUGAGAAGUGGUGGAAUGAUCACCAAUCUGACUACCGACAUAUGUGCAAGACUUACAGACUGGAACGCCGUGAUAUUUCACCCUCCUCGUGGAUUUUCAUGAAGGCUGGAUUCGUCAUGCUUGACCGAGAUCGUGAAAUGUGCUUGGAUAAGAUUAUAGACAUUGGGUUCAAAGAAGAGUAUCCAGUCGGAAUGGGUUACAUCAUUGCUUUUGAGCGCAUUGCCGAAGCCAAGCUGAUCCCAUCCCGACAUGCUCUAUCAACAUCUUUGUUUUCCGAGCCUUCGUUGACUAAGACCAUGGAAAUACUAGCUUUGGCUUAA